AUCAGCUCAAUGAUGGUUCGUGAGGAAAUCCUUUUUUCUAUUCUAAAAAUUGUUGAAUUGUGCGUUGUAAAAUGAAAAACUGCGAAUAUACGUAACUGUGAUUAUGUUUACCAAUUAAUUGUCCAUCCUUCGUCCACUAUUUUUGAUUUUUAAUCGUGAUCGUAACAAUUAUCAUUUCAUCAUUUUCAGGCGAUGGAAACUGUCUUACUGGGAUUGGUACGACGAACUUGUAAAUCGUGAUCCAUUUUCUUCUACUCGUUCCAAAUUUCAGCGGUGUUUAUUUCAUCGCAGAGCACUUGGUAAUUACGGAAUGUUUGCGUGAGCUUCGUUAAUUACUGGUCGAAGAUGGACGAAUCAGGAAGAGAACGAAUUCAAAAUCGCGCGCAAGAGUGGGUGAAAAAACUGCAUCCGGAUGCGUUACGCAAUCGCUUACGAAAUUUUCGCAGAUACGUGAUCUCGGCGACGAUUGAGAAACGCGAUUCCAGUUCAACCCCUGUCGCUACCGACGAAACGUCCGCUUCAACCGCAGCUCUUGCCACUCAAUCGUUGCGUAACGACUGCCAUAUUUCUACCAAUUCCACCCGUCGAAACGAGAACCUGGACGUCAAUCGAUUCAACAUCGAAAGUAGAAAAAGCUCGCACUCGCAGAAUGGAAGAGGUAGAUUGACAUUAAGCAUGGGCGAUGCUCGCAUUCCCGAUGUUAUUGUGCAAGAAAACAGCGUGUCGUCUCAGAACUGCGCUAUGGAGUCAGAUCUAAGUGGUGGCGCGAAGAACAAUUUGCAGUUAGCUAUCAACGUCGACGCGACACCUCGUAAUAAAUCGCCGAUUACUGUUCAAGAAUGGAUCGACUCGUUGCCGCUUACCUCCGUCGAAUCCUCCAGAGAAGAAUCUGAAGUAUCUGAUAAAAGUGCAGUUCCACUCGGCGAUUGUGAAAAUGAUAAUCUUACUUUGGGAGCUGAAGCUGGAUAUUUGGUGGACGUGGUUGACAAGAAAAGGACGCCUACGAUACCGCCGCCUCCGGUGAACGUUACCAUAACUGGCCCCGGUGGUCAAGAACCGUCCGAAGUGGAGAGUCAUUGUUCUAGCGUGGAUUCGUUGCUCGAAGCUCGGAAACCCGAUCCGGAAGAAGUAUUGUUGAGUUUGGGAUUUGGUGGUACGGCUUCGUCUAGUUAUCUGGAAACUGGUCGGAUACCGAAACGUUUCUUACAACAAUCGCAACUCAAAGGCGUUGAUAUUGAAGACUUCAUUCGCCAGCAGCAGGAUCUGAUCUAUACCUUUGAAUCGGGUUAUUAUGGUUACCGCGGACUAGCUGGUCCAUCGCAUUCCAAUCCGUCAGUGAUAGUUGCCAAAAUAUUAGAGAAGCUGAGAGAGCACGAGAGGGAGACUACCUCGAUGACUUCGUACCAACUAGAUUUCAGGAAGCCAUGUUCUCUGGAGAAAAAUCCCGACAACGGCGCAGCAACCAAUAAGUUUUCAAAAGUAGCUCGUAACGUGCUUACUAAAAUAAGAUGCACUCCUUCUAGCGUACUAAGCCCUGAUAAUCGUCGAUGGUUGGAUAGUCAAGGCAGCAAGUCACCGGAGAUAGCCAGACGUUUGAUUAUCGGUCAGAAAUCGUUCACUUUUGGACGCGAUGGAGACUUGAUCGAAGCUUCGAAUCUCGACAAUAUAGAUCGAAUCGAUUCGAAGUGCGAUACAAAUGAACCGGAUUCGCAAACGCAAACAAACACGACGACGCAACAAGCAAAUCAAUGCGCGCAUGUGGCAGAUUUGGCAGCCGAUAUAGUCGAUCGUGUUCUGAAUAGUUGCGGUAACCUGGGCCGUCGGUUCACCGAUAGCAGUACCGACAUGUCCGUCGAAAGUAUAAUUAUGAAAAACGGCGACGAUAAAACAUUCUCGAAUUCGUUCGACGGUCGAUCUGUGCGCGAGGAAACAAACGAAAACGCUCUCAAAACGUGUAUUUUAAGACGGCUGAAUCACGUCGACGUUGACGAAUCCGUUAGUUUGGAUUCGUGCGACGACGAAGCGCAGGAUUCUCGCAGCGAAGCGUACAGUCGACUGCGUGUCGCCGUCGCGUGCCAGCCUAGUUCGUCGUCCGAAUGUACUCGUAGAAUCGGCGAUAACGAUUACGCGGCUUUGUGCGAUACCACUCAGUGCAGCGGCGCGUCUUCCUCGGCAGAAAUGUCUCUGCAAGAGGAACUGCAACAUUCUGGCGUUGCUUUAACCGACCCGGCUACAAACCGAGGUUCGUUUAAAAAACUUAGAAAUGUAUUAACCAGGUGUAGCUCGUUUGAGGAAAGUUAUAAGGAAACGUCGGAUGACGAAACAGUCGAUACAGUCGCAAGCAGAUCCGCCCAACACGAUCAGUCCGUGGAAAAAGUAGAUCAUUACGCUGACUCGGCUACCGAGAGUGAAUUCGCUUCCUAUACGCAUCGAUCGCUGGCUGAUAAGACUAUUCAUCGGCAAUACGAAGAAUUAAUUCUUCUAGAAUCCGUGCUACAUAACCUGGGACGACCAAUCAAAAUAAUUACAAAGGAGCAAUUCUCUGCCAUUUCUUCUGAACAAAGAUGCGCCGUUCAAAUUCAGAUUAUACGCGAAGCGUUGAAAGCGUACCUUAAUCAAAUGACCGAAGACGAAAUUCAUUCGGAACUAAAAAAUUGUCUCAGUGCCGAAGUUCAGAAAGUCGCCGAUUUGUUGGAUAACAGUUCGGACGCUUCAAAACUCGCCGUCAUCGUUAAACAAAUGACGCUGUUAUUACAACAUCAAAGUCAACUGAGCGCGCAGAUCAAAGAAUUAUCAGUUGUGGACAAAAAGCCAACGUCUUGCCAUGAACUAUGCGAUCAUAUACUAAAACGUGUUCACGAACUAGAAUUACUUGUGCAACAAAAUGCUCAAGAAUUAGCACAAAUGAAAUACCAACUAUUGAAAAAAGAUCAUUAUUAAUUUAUUUAGUUUCUAUAAUAUAUAGAAAUUUCAGUUUAUAUAUGUAUCAUAACGAAGUGAAAACGGUAUCACUCCGAAGUCUGAUUUGAAAUUAGAAAUGUAGGAUUAAUAUUUUUGUCUAAACAACACGGCUUGUGUUUCGCCUCCAUGUGAUGUGACUUUUUAAAUUUUGAAGAGUCCGAUUCAAAAAACACGCAACAGCAGAGUUGUGCCCUCACUCAUAUGUUAUACUUACCCUGCGGUCGGGUAAUUUAAGAAACACUGACGCCAAAUUAUCUUUCCUCUGUAUUUUAUUUAUGAAAAUAGCAAAAUAGGGCUCUUAAUUAACGGAAUAUUUCAUAUUUCUCAAUUUAUUUAUUUAUUCAAUUUUUUGGUCGGAAAUCGAAGUUUGCUUUAUUAACAAUAUUUAUUUUCGAUUAUUUGAGGCCUGAAAAAUGAUUAUUUCUCUGUGGUGUUACUCUCGGACCAUUUGAACAUUUUUCUAUGAUAAAACUGAGUUUUCUUUUUCUUGUUUUUCAUUUUUUAUUCUGUUUAUUAUUUUUUUUCGAAAACUGUUGGAUUUCUAGUUAAGUAAUUAAUUAGGUAUACUUAUAAGUUUUAAUACGAUGAUAUUCGAUUUACCAUUAAAAUAUUAGUGAGAUGAA